AUGUCUUCCGUCAGCGUCGGUUCACUGUCGGGUCACUGUCGGAUCUCUGUCGGAUCGCAUUCGGGAAUUGAACGAGCGCCGAAGGCACGAGUGGAUUGUGGUAUUCCCGCUGACGUAGUGGGGGCAUCACGUCUUUACCCAGAUGGCACCACUGAAGGACGCAGCGCCACCUACACAUGCUGGGAUAAGUACACGUGGUUUUGGUACGGAAAGGCACGAACGUGUAGCGUGUCUGACGGGACGUGGUCGCCGUAUCCACUCGUCUGUUCAGGUCUUCUGAAUCUCACUACCGUAUUUAGCACAUCUCAGAGCUCGACUAAACCACGUGAUCAGUACGGAUCCUACACUUCCCAGAAUGCAGUAGACGGAACUUCGUCCUAUUCCAGUACUCAGCAUGAACCAAAUCCAACAUGGACUUUGUCCUUUGGAUCCCAGCUCUUCGAUAUUUUCCGCGUCAACGUUGACAUGCCAUCAGUGGCAUUUGACGGACCUAAUGUUAACGUAACCGUGGAUGUCAUACGUUCGUCGGAUGCACGGGACAACUUCCGCUGUACAUCCGUCGGACUCCAGACGCUUCCGGUGUUCAGGGUCACGUGUAAGGUAUCCACACACGGCCACGAGAUCCGGAUAUCCGCGCAAUAUCUGCGAGACGGACCGCUUGUCAUAAGGAGCGUCCGUGUUCUCGGCCGGGAACGGAGAUCAGGAUGCGACAGACCCAGGCCGGAAGUCGGUAAACGUUUUGUGUACAACGGCACACACUGGCGAUCCACGAUGACGGAGUAUUGUGAAAAAACUGCAGGUUUCUACUACGGAGGUGGCUCGAAUACCGGGACGUGCAGUCUCUCCGACAGCAGAUGGGCUCAAGGGUCAACGAUAUGUGAAAAUUAUGAAAAUGUAGCAAAGAACAAGAAGGUUAUUUUCAACACGACAGAUACUGUUAUAGACGUCAUGAAUGUCGUUGACGGGGACGUCAACAGCUGCGCCAAAACACCUACAGCGACUGAGCACACACUAGUAGUAGACCUGGGACAGCUGUAUGACAUAAAACGAGUGACCGCAUCUAUUCUAGAAACUGGUUUGUAA